CGCCGGCAGUGUGGUUGUUGGUGUUGUUCGCCGGCAAUGUGGUUGUUGGUGUUGGUCGCUGACUCGCUGGCUGUGACGUAAUAACACCUAUACAACGUUUUUACAUUAAGAGAAGCGUAAAUCAUUCUCGGGUGCAGUGGGUAGACAAUGGCAGAGAUAUUAAAGAAAGGACCUGUUAACAAUAAGGUUAUAAAAGAUACAGCAUUGAAGGAGGAGGAUAUUGAAUCUAAUGAAAAGACUGGAGAGGCAGAUUCUUGUAAUGUGUCAGACAGUCCUCAGAACACAAUACCAAGUGAUGAGAAGUCUUCUGAAGAAGAUACACUCUCUAGCCAAGAAAGUGAAAUUCAGAUGACAGAGACAAAGCUGCAGAUAACUAGUGUGAAUGAAAGUAAGCAGAAACAUGUUAUAAGUGAUGAACAACCUGUAGAAGCAGACAGUACCCAAGUCAGUGAUAUUGAAAGACAGAAAAUAGAAAGCAGUGGGGAAAAACAAGACAGUAAACCAGAUUUUUCUUCCAGUCAACAUUAUGAGUUAAUUGGGGGCCAAUAUCAUUAUACAGACAAUACAUCAGGGCAGAGAUACCGAUAUGAUGCAAAUGCUGGAGAAUGGGUCGUAACUAGUGAGGAGAAAGACAGUGACUAUGAAGCUGAAAAACAAGUAACGAUAGAUAAAGAAGGAAGAACUUACUACUAUGCAGAAAAUAUGUACUUGUGCAAAGAUCCACUUGGAAAUGUUUUUUACAUGAAUGAGGAUAAUGACUGGAAACCAUGGUCAGAGAAAGUAACUUCCACUGGUAAUUCUGGUGUAGAACAAAGUAAUUCAAAAUGGUAUUUUUAUCAAGGAGAUUCAAUGUUUUACAGAGACAAUGUAUCAAAUGUUGUGUAUAAGUUGAAUAAAGAAAACAAUUCAUGGGAAGUGUAUGACGGAAAACUGAAAAGAAAAAGACCUCGGAUUGAUGAAGAGGAAGAGUUUGACACAGAUGAUGAAGACUCUGAUGAAGAUUUUGGCAAUGGAUUACAGCCUCCUGGUGCCCAGAAUGACCCCAACAUUGCCUAUGAUGGAGUUACUUACACUAAACGUGACCCCAGUGACAAUGUGAUGUAUGAGUGGGAUGCAAACAGACGUGCAUGGUUCCCCAAGUUUGAUGAGGAUUUCAUGGCCAUGUACCAGUUGUCAUAUGGAUUUAACCCAGAUGGAACAAAAGAUUUAAAUCCUCUAAAAUUUGAUGAUGAAAAAGAGGAAGCAGAAGCAGCAAGAAUAGCUGAGGAAGAGGAAAGAAAGAAAGAAUUACUAAAAGAAAAUCAAGCUAAGAAGAAACCAUCAUGGUUUACUAUAGAUGAAGCUCACAACACGAAAGUUUAUGUGAGCAACCUUCCUGACUCUAUGACAGAAGAAGAAUUUGUGGAAUUAAUGCAGAAAUGUGGCAUGAUUCUUAAGGAUAUGGAGACAAACAAACCAAAGAUCAAGAUGUAUCAAGAUAAAGAAGGGAACUUCAAAGGGGAUGCACUCUGCACCUACAUAAAGAUAGAGUCUGUGGAAUUGGCCAUACAAAUCCUUGAUGAGUACCAAGUAGGCAGUAAAAAGAUUCAUGUUGAACAAGCCAGGUUCCAGCAGAAAGGGGAGUACAAUCCAAAGCUCAAACCUCGAAAGAAGCAGAAGAAAUUACUAGAAAAAAUUCAGAAACGACAAGAAAAAUUAUUUGAUUGGCGACCAGAACCACUUCGAGGUCAAAGACAAAAAUACGAAACGACCAUUAUAAUUCGUAAUGUGUUUGACCCAAAGGAGUUUAUUACUGCUAUGGAAAAAAUUCUGGUUCAUAAAGAAGCUAUGAGAAGUCAGUGUGAAAAUUUUGGUAAAAUCAAGAAACUAGACCUUCAUGAUCUCCACCUAGAGGGGGUUGUUCAAGUAACAUUUGAUGAAGUGGAAAGUGCUGAUAUGUGCGUAGGAACUUUAAAUAAUCGCCUGUACAAUGGACGUACUCUUCGUGUGACAACUUGGGACGGAAAGGAAAAAUUCAAAAUUGAAGAAACAGAUGCAGAACGUGAAGAAAGAUUGAAGAAAUGGAGCAAGUUUUUGGAAAGCGAAGAAAAUAAAGAUGAACAUAGCAACUGAAGAUAGAUACAGAGCAAGAAAUAUAUACGAGGAAAUUUGUUUUUAAGUUAUGUUUAUGAUGAACACUUCAAAAGUAGACCAUUUUCACUGAUAUGUCAAAAUUUUAUGAAUUGUUGAAAGUUAAGACACAACCAGAACUGUUCUGCUGCAUCAGUGAUUGAAAAAAUUCUUGGCAAUUUUUGUACUUACAGUGAUUUUUGAAGCAAUACAGUAAUGUGUUUAAGUUUAACAUUGAACAUAUUAUUAUUAUUAUUAUUUGUAUUUCAUGAGAAAAAUAGCCAGAUGGUAUGACUGCAGAGUGGUAAUUUGUUGUUGAUGUGAGAGAACUUGCCAUUUCUUCAAUAAACAGUAAAGGAAA